GAGCAGGGCCGCCGGUGCGGCCGGGCCGAGGGCACCUUGAGCCGCCGCCGGGCGCGGGAGGGGCCGAGCCAGGCAUCCCCCUCCCCAGCGCUGCCGAGCCAGGCAUCCCCCUCCCCAGCGGAGCAGCCGCCGCCCCGGGGAUGCCGGGAGCACUCUCAGUGCCCGGGCAAGGGCGUCCCCUCGUCCUUCCCGGAGCCUCGGCAGGCUCGGCCCCCCUUAGCCCCACCGGGCCUUGGCUCUGCCCCUGGAGCACCCUGCGGUUCGGGGUCCCCCUCCCCGGGGAAGUGCCAGUGCUGGGUGGGGGGGAUGUGCUGUGCCACUGCCAGGCAGAGCGUUGUGAUGAUUCCCCCUCCCCCAUGGAGGCCUGAUCCUGUCCCUGGGGUUCAGCCAGUUUGAGGGGGAUUCUUCCCACUUCUGAGAGGACUUGAGUCCCCAAGAUCCAGCCUGUGUGUCUUCCAGGUGAGGAAUGGCAAACCCAGGAGAAAAGCUCUGCAGCUCCAUCUCCUUCCUGGCCCACGAGCCCUGGGGAGCUCUGGAGUGGCAAACAUUUCCCUAGUCGUGUGAAAGCUGCUGGGAGGGAGGGAUGGCUGGCUGCACUGUCGGGGGCAGGCAGCAUCGCACCUUGCAGGGAUGGAGGGGGGCCGAGACCCUGCUGGUAUUACUAGUGAGCCAGCGCUGGGGCUGAACCAGUUGGUUCAGUGACCUCAAAGGGGCUGGGGGAGCCUUCUUCCAGAGGCCACUGGGGCUCAGGGGCUCAGCUCUGAGUCAUUUUGACUCUGCUGGUGCAUGGUUUGGGGCAGCUCAGGGGAGGGUUCACUGGGUGCCUGGGUGGGGGAUGUCCCUGAGCCAGACCUCAAAUUCUGUUCUCUCCUAACACUGACGAGUCUCCACAGCAUAGGGCUCCCUGAGGCAGGUGGAGGUGGCCAUGGGCUCAGGGCAGGGACCAGCACUUGCAUCUCCUGCUGCCGCCCUCAUGCGCUGCCCUGGGCUGAUCUGGCAUCUUCCAGAGGAGCAGUUGGAGGCCCUCGGCCUCCCCCUGGGGCUGCCUUCUUGCACAGGGUCUUGCGCCCUUCCACACUGUGGCUACACAGUGGAGCUCCCUCCUCGUCUCACUGGCUGGGCAUCGAGUUCUGCUGCAGGGCCGGGCUGAGCAGUGUCUGCACCGCCUGGUCACUGCUGGUCCUGCAGUGGAGGGAGCUCCACUGGCCCUGCUGUGACAGAGCAGAGGUGGUGGUGCCAGGUAGAUCCUGGGGGACUGGGCCUGUCUGCACUGCCCAUGCUGCUCCUCACCCUCAGCAGCUGUGGGCUGUUGCUGGGGCUGGGAGCAGAGUGACCCCCGUGCCUGCCCCAGGCCAAAGCCUGCCCAGCUCCUCUGACCUGGCAGAGCCGCGGUGCUGGAGGCAGAGUCCACGGUGCUCCUGAGAGCAGGGUCUCCCUGCAGUAAGCUUGCAGUGGGCUCGAGGCCUCAGAGGCUUCUCCAAGGUCCAGCAGCAUUGUUCCCUGGACUGGUACUUGCAGCGAGCAGGCGGGUGCCAGGGUGACCUUGGAGAGUCACCCUGACUGUCCUGCCCAGCGCGGGCUCCAUCCUCCUGGAGCCGCUAUCAAGACUUGAAACCCAUUGGGGCAGAGUGUCUGCCUGUGUUUUGAUACUGGAAGUGGCGUAGGAGAGUUCCCUGCCCAGCGGGGAGGAGCUGCAGGCAGAGCCACGGCAUCCUCCAGCUCCACAACCAUGCUCAGGAACAGGAUCAGCCCACGUGGGGCUGAGCCUGGGCGUGAGGAACCCGCUCUGCCUGUGCAUGUUGGGGACGUGUCCAUCCGUCCCACGUUGUCCUGCCUUAAAAUAAUCAAAAAGCAUUUAUCCAAUAAUGAUAAUGGAGCGUGACCUGGUCGUGUUUGCCCUGCAAAACCCAUUACCCAUCUGCAUCUGUGAUAUCAUUUCAUAAUCAUCGUCAUUUAAUGAUCCUGACUUCUCAUGGCAAUGGCACUGCCAUCGUUCACCCACAAUUCAGGACACAUUUGCUCCAGGAACCGAGGUUGCUAUUUACAUAAAUAUUGAAUGACGAGGAAGCAGCCAGGGCGGCUGGUGAGAUCCUGAGCUGCAAAUCUGAUAAAAGAGACCUUGUAAGUGUGUGCUGGAGCAGGGCCACAUCCUUUUGGGUGCUGGGCAGUGGUCGUUGGUGGCUUUGCCAAUUCUGGUCUCUGUUUUGGGAGGAACAGCCCAGCCAGUGCCAACUCCAUCGCUUCUGUUGUGGUUUCUGCACCAGCCCCGAGGAGCUGCUCUGGGGCUGUGGGAGCUGUGCACAGCCGGUGAUUUGGGGAUGGUGGCAGUGCCCAUCACCCUGUGAUUGCUGAGUGGCUGUCCAGGGGCUACACUGGCAUCCCCCAGUGCCAGCCUGGCACCCACAGCCUUCUAUGAGACUGGGUUGGGACCAGGGUUGGGGCUGAGCACGGGGUUCUCACUGCUGGUGCAUUUCUGUUGCAAGAGCUGCUCUCACAACUGAAUUGGGGGCAAAGAUGAUUCCAGAGCACAUGUCCCUGGUGCUGCUUGGCCAGAGACUUCCUCAUCCAGGGUUGAAUGGUUUCAGGGGCUUUCCCUCUGCCUGCAUGGUGCCACUGUGGGGGCUACUGAGCAGAGGGACCGGGCUUGCCAGCUGCUCUUGCUCCUGAUGGAUGUGCCAGCACUGCCACUGGUCCUGAUGUUCCCAUUCCCUCUGGUCAGGGUGUUGGGGAGCUGGACCCUUAUUCUGCAGCAUCAGUGUGGGGCAGUCGGACCUGGGAGUGCUGAAAGCCAUCACUCGGUCACUGGGGAGGAAAGGCUGGGACUGGCUGGGGGGAUUGUGAAGGUUUGGGUCCUUGAGCAGUUUGCAAAGCCUUUACCCCCCUCCCCAGGAACUCCCAGGGUAAAAGGCUUUUCCAAGAGAGAGCGGCACCAAUCAUUCAUCACAGCUGACUCUGCUGGGAUCUGGAGGUGCAGAUGAUGUUGGCCACCACUGCUCUCUCAGCUCGGGCAAACUUAUGCCAUUGGCUUUGUAACACACUUCUCAUAGCAACCUCAUUUUUAGGAUAUGAGUAUUUAGUGUGAGUUUGCAAAGUGCCAAUCCUGUGCUGAUUGAUCCUGCACUGAUCCUGUGCUGCUCCUGCCCACCAGGCAGCCUGAUUGUUUGCAGCUGGGCCUCGUCAGGGCUGAAGGGCUCAGACCUCAGGGGAUCCUCCUGCAGAGGGGGGUCUUGGGGAGCUCCAUACUGCUGGGCAGGCUGGCGCACGUGCAGCUCACUGCCGGGCUACGGGAUCGGCAUAAAGGGGUGUCGCUGGAUUGUCUCCAGCAGACCCUGGAGCUCUGUGUGCUGCCAAUGAAGUUGAGCAGGGACCACCCUGGCAUACCUGCCUGUGCCCCCCUGUAUGGCUCGUCCCCAACUUGUAUCUUGCCCAGGACCUCAGAGCAGCACCACCGUGCCAGGCGUUGGGCGGGUGACAGAGCGGAAAGGCGGCAGCCCCCGCUCGUGGGGGCUUUGGGCACCUCCUGUCAUCAUCACUGUCAUACAAUUGGGUCAGAAGCAAGGGAGGGAUGUCAAGGAUCCUGAUUAAUUUGUUUUCAGAUAUUUUUAGUAGCCUGGAUUGGAUCUUUUCUUCCAUGCACAUGAACCCUCCAAGGAAGAAAGCGUUGGCAUCGCACCCCGGUCCCCGGGGCGAUUGCACAGGGUCAGUUGUGUGCGGUGGGGGAAUCAGGAGCAGUUUAUCUUUUCUCUGCAGGCUGAAUUCUGCCCUGGCUCAGCCAGAUUGCAAAGGAAUUGGAGCCAGAGGAGAGUUUUGCCCAGCUGGCGAGGUUAUUUAAUCUUUGUUCUUCGCAGCUUUGCAUGGCUAAUGCCCCCGUGGGACCUGCGCAGCACAGCAGGGUCAGUCAGAGUGGGAGCUGCCAGGGGUCUGGGGACAGAUCCAGCCCCACAGUGACUCUGCUGACUCUGGCAUCUCUGGCAGGUCGUGCUGUGUGUGGGAGCCUGGGGGUCUGGCCAGGCCCACCACGGCCAUGGCCUCGCUGCCUGUUUGGUGCCAGCAGCUGAAGCUCGGUGUAGGGGUAGAAGGGGGGCACAGUUCCUUUGCCGAGGGUGCCCUGGGGACCGCCCUGGUGUGAAGUCAUCGUUUUGCAGCGGUGACAUCACUCACAGUUGCCACAGCAACACCUCACAUGGGGAAGGUGUCAUUGGAGAAAGGUCAGGAGCUGGGAUGUUCGGCUCCUGGUCCUGCGCUAGUCUGCGCAGUGGGGGGGACCCGGCCCAUCGCCCCUUUCUGUGUGUGGGGGGGUGUCUCCCCCUCGUCCCCCCACCCCAGGGCACCGCGUGCACGGCACGGCGAUGGCACCCCCUGCCCAUCAUUCCACAGCUCUCAGAGACCCCUGCCUAGGUGGGCUGAGCAGACGUGUGGGCGAGGGUCCUGAGUGUCCCUGCACGUGCACUGAGGAGCAUCCCCCCCCCUCCUGCCCCCCGGCCAGAGCAGGGAGGGCCGAGGUGGCCUCCACGCCAUCCUGCCACGACAGAGCUGCUGUGACCUUGCAGAUGCUCAGAAAGGUCGUCGGUGGCCCAGGAGAGGGGACGAGGAGAAAGGGAAGAAGAAUGGGAUUCUACUGGGACUUCACGAUGCUGCUCUUCAUGGUGGGCAACCUGAUCAUCAUUCCUGUGGGCAUCACCUUCUUCAAGGAGGAGACCACAGCACCCUGGAUCGUGUUCAAUGUGGUCUCUGACACCUUCUUCCUGAUGGACCUGGUGCUGAACUUCCGGACAGGGAUUGUCAUUGAGGACAACACGGAAAUCAUCCUGGACCCUGAAAGGAUCAAGAAGAAGUACCUCAAGACCUGGUUUGUGGUGGAUUUUGUCUCCUCCAUCCCCGUGGACUAUGUUUUCCUCAUUGUGGAGAAGGGCAUAGACUCGGAGGUCUACAAGACCGCCCGUGCCCUCCGCAUCGUCCGCUUCACCAAGAUCCUCAGCCUCCUGCGGCUCCUCCGCCUCUCCCGGCUCAUCCGCUACAUCCACCAGUGGGAGGAGAUCUUCCACAUGACCUACGACCUGGCCAGUGCAGUGAUGAGGAUCAUCAACCUCAUUGGCAUGAUGCUGCUGCUCUGCCACUGGGAUGGCUGCCUCCAGUUCCUGGUGCCCAUGCUGCAGGAUUUCCCCCAGAACUGCUGGGUCUCCAUCAAUGGGAUGGUGAACGACUCCUGGAGUGAGCUGUACUCCUUUGCCCUCUUCAAGUCCAUGAGCCACAUGCUCUGCAUCGGCUAUGGGAAGCAGGCUCCCGAGAGCAUGACGGACAUCUGGCUGACCAUGCUGAGCAUGAUUGUGGGGGCCACUUGCUACGCCAUGUUCAUCGGCCACGCCACCGCCCUCAUCCAGUCACUGGACUCCUCCCGGCGCCAGUACCAGGAGAAGUACAAGCAGGUGGAGCAGUACAUGUCCUUCCACAAGCUGCCCGCCGACUUCCGCCAGAAGAUUCAUGACUACUAUGAGCAUCGCUACCAGGGCAAGAUGUUUGACGAGGACAGCAUCCUGGGGGAGCUCAACGAGCCCCUGCGUGAGGAAAUUGUCAACUUCAACUGCCGCAAGCUGGUGGCCUCGAUGCCGCUGUUCGCCAACGCAGACCCCAACUUUGUCACGGCGAUGCUCACCAAGCUGAAGUUUGAGGUGUUCCAGCCGGGUGACUACAUUAUCCGUGAGGGCACCAUUGGCAAGAAGAUGUACUUCAUCCAGCACGGGGUGGUCAGCAUCCUCACCAAGGGCAACAAGGAGAUGAAACUCUCUGAUGGCUCCUACUUUGGAGAGAUCUGCCUGCUGACCCGUGGCCGGCGCACAGCCAGUGUCCGUGCAGACACCUACUGCCGCCUCUACUCGCUCUCAGUGGACAACUUCAAUGAGGUGCUGGAGGAAUACCCCAUGAUGAGACGGGCCUUUGAGACCGUGGCCAUUGACCGCCUUGACCGCAUUGGGAAGAAGAACUCGAUCCUGCUCCACAAAGUGCAGCACGACCUCAACUCAGGUGUCUUCAACAAUCAGGAGAACGAGAUCAUCCAGGAGAUCGUCAAGUACGACCGGGAGAUGGUGCAGCAGGCAGAGCUGCAGCAGCACACAGCUAUGUACAGCCCCGUCCAGCCCCAGGUCACCUCCGCCAUCGCCACUCUCCAGCAAGCCGUUGCCAUGAGCUUCUGUCCGCAGAUGGCGAGCCCUCUGGUGGGCUCCAUGGCGCUGGGCUCACCCCGCAUGAUGCGCCGUUUGCAGUAUGCCCAGGCCAUGCCCAGCCCCUUCGCUGUCUCCCCCGUCCUGCUGCAGCAGAGCCCCCCGCCGCAGCCACAGCCCCCGACGCCCCACACCAACCCCUCGCCCUCGCAGGACCCGGUGCAGCCCACGGCCCUGCCCACCUCCACCAGCGCCUUCGCCGCGGCCUCGGCCAGCCCGCCGACCCAAAGCCCGCUGGCCAGCCGGACGUUCGCCUAUGGAGGUGCCCCGGGGCCGCUGGGAUCCCAGCUGUCCCUCAGCCAGCAGCCAGCACCUGGCUCUCCCCAGCGCCUGGCUGCCCACAAGAGCACACAGGCGCUGCACACCAGCAGCCUCAGCCAGGAUUCGCGGCCCCUCUCGGCCUCGCAGCCCUCCCUGCCCCACGGGCUGGUGGCUGGCAGCACCCAGAGCCCUCCAGCCUCUGCCCGCGAGUCCUGCACCUCCAUCAGUGGGGGCCCGGCCACUGCCUCGCCGGGCCCCGGGCCCCCAGCCGGGCUGCGGGGCCAGGCGCCCUCGCGGGGGGCUCCCGCCCACCCGGCACCCGCGGGCCCGGGGCUCACCCCGCCACCCACCCUGCCGCAGGACUCAGCGGCGGCCCGCAAGGAUUCAGCGGCCAGCACGCCCGACACGGACCCGGCCAAGUCCAGGCUGUCUUCCAACUUGUGACCUCCGCGCCAGGCACAGGGACGCGUGUGCGGGAGGGGCUGCGCGGGGAGUCCCAUCUCGCCUCGUGUCCACCCUGUGCCGCGGGGUGAGGGCCGCGGCCACCCCACCGGCUGCCGCCCCCCGUUGUGGUGCCAGCCCCCCUCCCCGGCUCCCUCCUGCCACCCGCUGCAGAGCGGGGCAGCUGCCGAGGGUGGGCACGGGGCUGCUGCACCCUGCGACACCGCGGGGUCACCGGGUGAGCCCCCGGCUGCGUCAUCUCCGACCAAAGUCUGGCCCUGUCUCCCGCUCCCCACAGCGAAGCCCCGUUGCCCCUCGGCCUCCCUGGCUGCCCAUAGAAGCCACAGCUGCAUCCUCGCCAUGACCAACUCUGUGUAUGAUAUCUAUGACCUGAACACAUCCCUGUGUGUGUGACCCACAGGACACCUCCCGGGGCUGUCGGCACAGCCCUGGCGCCGCGUGUGUCCCUGCACCCCUCCCACAGACCCAAGGUGAGGGGUGAUGGUCCAGGACUGGAGGUAAGUUGCAGGGGGUCUGAGGGAUGGUCGCCCUGAGGCUUGUAAGCACCCAUACACUGUCCCCCACCCCAGGGCUGGGAGUGAACGCGGCCCCAUGUCCUCGUAGGCAGUGCUAGGAUGGAGGCAGACGCUGGAGCCCAACCCCAGAGUCCUGGGGCUGGGGAAGGCACCCACUGCGUGUACCAGGUGUGUGUGUGUGUGUGUGUGUAUGCGUGUGUGUGUGU